AUACGCGGCGCCGGCGAGUGCGUCGAGCUCGCCGCGGACCCAAGAUGGCGGCGUGUGGACGUGUACGGAGGAUGUUCCGCUUGUCGGCGGCGCUGCAGCUGCUGCUGCUAGCGGCGGCCGGGGCCGAGAAACUCGCUGGCCAGGGCGGCCACAACCAAGGCCAAGGCCUGGCCGCCAACUUUGUGCCUUUCCUAGGGCAGGCUGCAGGCGGCGGCCCGGUAGGUCAGCAGCCGCCCCAGUUGCCUCAGUCAUCGCAGCUCCAGCAGCAGCAGCAGCAGCAACAACAGCAGCAGCAGCAGCAGCAGCAGCAGCAGCAGCAGCCUCAGCAGCCUUUCCUCGCGGGUGGGCCUCCAGCCCGUCGGGGCGGAGCGGGGCCCGGCGGGGCUGGCGGGGGCUGGAAACUGGCGGAGGAAGAGUCCUGUAGGGAGGACGUGACCCGUGUGUGCCCCAAGCACACCUGGAGCAACAACCUGGCGGUGCUCGAAUGUCUGCAGGACGUGAGGGAGCCUGAAAAUGAAAUUUCUUCAGACUGCAAUCAUUUAUUGUGGAAUUACAAGCUGAACCUGACUACUGAUCCCAAGUUUGAGUCUGUGGCCAGAGAGGUUUGCAAAUCAACCAUAUCAGAGAUUAAAGAAUGUGCGGAUGAACCAGUUGGAAAAGGUUACAUGGUUUCCUGCUUGGUGGAUCACCGAGGCAACAUCACUGAGUACCAGUGUCACCAAUACAUUACCAAGAUGACGGCCAUCAUUUUCAGUGAUUAUCGUUUAAUCUGUGGUUUUAUGGAUGACUGCAAAAAUGACAUCAACAUUCUGAAAUGUGGCAGCAUUAGGCUUGGCGAAAAGGAUGCACAUUCUCAAGGUGAGGUGGUAUCAUGCUUGGAGAAAGGCCUGGUGAAGGAAGCAGAAGAAAAGGAACCCAAGAUUCAAGUCUCUGAACUCUGUAAGAAAGCCAUUCUCCGGGUGGCUGAGCUGUCCUCGGAUGACUUUCAUUUAGACCGGCAUUUGUAUUUUGCUUGCAGAGAUGAUCGGGAGCGUUUUUGUGAAAAUACACAAGCUGGUGAAGGCAGAGUGUAUAAGUGCCUCUUUAACCAUAAAUUUGAAGAAUCCAUGAGUGAAAAGUGUCGAGAAGCACUGACAACCCGACAAAAGCUGAUUGCCCAGGAUUAUAAAGUCAGUUAUUCAUUGGCCAAAUCCUGUAAGAGCGACUUGAAGAAAUAUCGGUGCAAUGUGGAAAACCUUCCUCGGUCCCGGGAAGCCAGGCUCUCCUACCUUCUAAUGUGCCUAGAGUCAGCUGUACACAGAGGGCGACAAGUCAGCAGUGAGUGCCAAGGGGAGAUGUUAGAUUACCGACGCAUGCUGAUGGAAGACUUCUCUUUGAGCCCUGAGAUCAUCCUGAGCUGUCGAGGAGAGAUUGAGCACCACUGUUCUGGAUUACAUCGGAAAGGGCGAACCCUGCACUGUCUAAUGAAAGUUGUUCGGGGGGAGAAGGGGAACCUUGGAAUGAACUGCCAGCAGGCGCUGCAAACACUGAUUCAGGAGACAGACCCUGGUGCAGAUUACCGCAUUGAUCGAGCUUUGAAUGAAGCUUGUGAAUCUGUAAUACAAACAGCCUGCAAACACAUACGAUCUGGAGACCCAAUGAUCCUUUCAUGCCUGAUGGAACAUUUAUACACAGAGAAAAUGGUGGAAGAUUGUGAACACCGACUCUUAGAGCUGCAGUAUUUUAUCUCUCGGGAUUGGAAGCUGGAUCCUGUCCUCUACCGCAAGUGCCAGGGAGAUGCGUCUCGUCUUUGCCAUACCCAUGGUUGGAACGAGACCAGUGAACUUAUGCCUCCCGGAGCUGUGUUCUCUUGUUUAUACAGACACGCCUACCGCACCGAGGAGCAGGGAAGGAGGCUCUCCCGGGAGUGCCGAGCUGAAGUCCAAAGGAUCCUACACCAACGUGCCAUGGAUGUUAAGCUGGAUCCUGCCCUCCAGGAUAAAUGCCUCAUAGAUCUGGGGAAAUGGUGUAGUGAGAAAACAGAGACUGGGCAGGAGCUUGAGUGCCUCCAGGACCAUCUGGAUGACUUGGCUGUGGAGUGCAGAGACAUAGUGGGCAACCUCACCGAGUUAGAGUCAGAGGAUAUUCAAAUAGAAGCUUUGCUGAUGAGAGCCUGCGAACCCAUAAUUCAGAACUUUUGCCAUGAUGUGGCAGAUAACCAGAUAGACUCUGGGGACCUGAUGGAGUGUCUGAUUCAGAACAAACACCAGAAGGAUAUGAACGAGAAAUGUGCCAUUGGAGUUACCCACUUUCAGCUGGUACAGAUGAAGGAUUUUCGGUUCUCUUACAAGUUCAAAAUGGCUUGCAAGGAAGAUGUGUUGAAACUUUGCCCCAACAUAAAAAAGAAGGUGGAUGUGGUAAUCUGCCUUAGCACCACUGUGCGCAAUGACACUCUGCAGGAAGCCAAGGAGCACAGAGUGUCCCUGAAGUGCCGUAAGCAGCUCCGUGUGGAGGAACUAGAGAUGACAGAGGACAUCCGGCUGGAGCCAGAUCUGUAUGAAGCCUGCAAGAGUGACAUCAAGAACUACUGUUCCACUGUGCAGUAUGGCAAUGCUCAGAUCAUUGAAUGUCUGAAAGAAAACAAGAAGCAGCUGAGUACCCGUUGCCACCAGAAAGUAUUUAAACUGCAGGAAACAGAGAUGAUGGACCCAGAACUAGACUACACACUCAUGCGAGUCUGCAAGCAGAUGAUAAAGAGGUUCUGUCCAGAAGCAGAUUCUAAAACCAUGUUACAGUGUUUGAAGCAAAAUAAAAACAGUGAAUUGAUGGAUCCCAAAUGCAAACAGAUGAUAACCAAGCGCCAGAUCACCCAGAACACAGAUUAUCGCUUAAAUCCUGUGCUAAGGAAAGCCUGUAAAGCUGACAUUCCUAAGUUCUGCCAUGGCAUCCUGACCAAGGCCAAGGAUGAUUCAGAGCUAGAAGGCCAAGUCAUCUCUUGCCUCAAGCUGAGAUAUGCUGACCAGCGCCUGUCUUCAGACUGUGAAGACCAGAUCCGCAUGAUCAUCCAGGAGUCUGCACUCGAUUACCGCCUUGACCCUCAGCUGCAGCUGCACUGCUCAGAUGAGAUUGCCAAUCUUUGUGCUGAAGAAGCAGCAGCCCAGGAGCAAACAGGUCAAGUGGAAGAGUGCCUCAAGGUCAACCUGCUCAAGAUCAAAACAGAAAUGUGUAAAAAGGAAGUGUUAAACAUGCUGAAGGAAAGCAAGGCAGACAUCUUUGUGGACCCAGUUCUUCACACAGCAUGUGCCCUGGACAUUAAACACCACUGUGCAGCCAUCACCCCUGGCCGUGGGCGUCAAAUGUCCUGCCUAAUGGAGGCCCUGGAGGAUAAGCGGGUGAGAUUACAGCCUGAGUGCAAAAAGCGCCUCAAUGACCGGAUUGAAAUGUGGAGUUAUGCUGCAAAGGUGGCCCCAGCAGACGGCUUCUCUGAUCUCGCCAUGCAAGUGAUGACCUCCCCAUCGAAGAACUACAUCCUCUCUGUGAUCAGUGGGAGCAUCUGUAUAUUGUUCCUGAUUGGCCUGAUGUGUGGACGGAUCACCAAGCGAGUGACACGAGAGCUCAAAGACAGGUAGAGCCUCCUUGACCACCAAAGGAACUACCUGCCCAGUGCCCAGUCUGUACAGCCUCCUGUAUAGUGUACCCUCACCUCGCCCUUCUAAGAGGUGGCACCAUCACCCACGAUAGCGCAGCAGCAGGUGCCCACUGCAUUGUCCCGUCCAGACCUGGCUACGUCCACGGUAUUUUCCUCCGCCGCUGUCUGCAGCAUCAGCAACUGGCCGCUUUGGUGGUUGCCAUUGUUGGCAUACUUGGGUUUACCUGCCUGUAGACAUGUCUCUGUACCAACAGGACUACCGACACUUCCAGAACCAACUCACCUGACCUGCAACUCAAAACACUUUUUUUAAAAAAACCGCCAAAAAAAAGGGGGGGGGGAGAAAUUUUUAAAGAAAGAAAAAAAUGUACAUAGUAACACAUGUCCUCCUCCAGUUUUGACUUGGACCACAGGGUUAUUUCUUCCCUGUAACUGUGUCAGACAAAGGCAGGACUAGGAGGGGAUGCAUACCCCAGCACGCCAUCACUGAGAGUCUGGCUCAUCUCCCAGAAGCACCUUUGGGCUGGAUCAGGGCAAAGACUUCACCAGGGACUGGAAAACCACUAACCAGCCUCUGUGGGGCCUGUGGCUUCUGCUGAAGCAGUGAUACCUUCCAGCUCCCGCCCAAAAUGAACUGCAACUAGUUAAGUCCCACAGCUAGGGUGUUUCUGUGAUCUCCUCACCCGGUGCAGUCAGCCAUGAGCCUUGGGGAGGGCAGCUCUUCUGGGACAGAGGUCCGUGAAGCAGGACAGUCCACUGAUCUGCACUGGGAGGCUGGAUUCUGAGUCUACACAGCAGGACUCCAUCAUCUUUCUUCUCCAGGAUGGUGUGGACUAUCACGUCUAUGUUGGCCCUGCCGAGGGUACGGUCACUUCAGAAGUUCUCUUCUUCUCCAGGAGACAGUGACUGAGGAGAGGGGUAUACUGGGGUAGGCAGCAGAGCAGGAAGGAAGAACAGAGGUCUGACUCACUUGGCUUUAUUUUUCAGGCUACAAUACAGGUCAGAGACAAUGACCUAUAAAGAUUUAGCAAGGCCUCAGGAUGUGACUGGCCAUCCAGCCUGACCUUUCUGCACGCUCCAGGUGAAUUUCCCAGACAAGCUCCUCCGUGCCUCUGCGUGAAGGGGUGUGGAAAGUGAUUACAUUAAAAGAUGGAGAUUUUCUCCGUUCUUUUUUCUGUCCAUUUGCUGUGUGUUCCCGCUAUAGUAGGCACUGGCUAAAUGUGGUCUUUUGGUGAUUCAUCAGCUUUCUAAAGCUUUAUGGGAACAACACUGCUGGCUGUUCUCCCUUGUUGCUCCAGCGUGGAGAUGUAGGUGUGGGGCAGAGGAGGAGAAGCCCAGGCGUCGAGGUUCAGCCAGGCUCUCCUUUGAUUGAGCUUGGGGCCUGGCGUCACGGUGGCUGUGUAGGAGGGCAGCAUGUACAGUAGGAGAUAUAUUUAUAUAAUAUAUAUUUUAUUAACCUGUUAGACGUCCACAAAGUAUUAUAAAUCACGUGCCUAAAACUGUCCACAUAGACCGAGGCCCCCUGGCAUUGCCCUUCCUCCUCCUGCCUCUCCUUCACACUGUUGAGUGCUGCGGUACCUGAGUGACAUUGUCUUCCCUGGAGUGUGUUCAGUGCAAGCCGUGUCAGUUGCGGAUCAGUCGAUCCAGAUUAUUCCUUGUCUCACUGACUGACAUAACAUUGGAAUACUGUGGUUUUUAUCCUUUUCCUUUUCCCUGUUUGCUGCCUUUCCUGGAGGGAGUGGGUUCCAGAAGUCGCUGUAAGUUCCCUGCUUAGAGUAAUACAAAUCUUCAGGGAGUCUGCUGAGCUGCUUUGUCCAGUCCCUCAGUUCUCCUCUUAGUGUCUUCUGAUUCUCAUCAGCUCUCCUGGGAGUCUUCAGUCUCGUGAUUCUUGCGACACCUACUAUGUAAGCAGCUGCCACCCCUACAUGCUGCCGACAAAGCUGAGUUGGUCAGAGGGUCCCUCCCUCUCUAGGAACUGGGGCUUGAUAUCCAGAACUGGGACCAUCCCAUGGGAACGCAGGUCUCCAGUGCACGUCAGCAUGGUUUGCAGGACAGGGGUUAGUAUUCGCCAUUAGACUGGGGUGGGGAGUAUCAUUCCCAUCCCUGCAGCUUCCUUCCCAAUAUAUGGAAAACAUCCUUGUGGUUCUAGUGCAUCUCAGUAUUCUUUGUGAACUGACAGAAAAUCCCAUUAAUUGUCUGCAGCAGAUUUGGAGGUCUGAUGAGUUUGGCUCUUUAAAUAUUUGUUAUUUUUAGAACUGUCCAGAAUAAGGCCAGGCAUGGUGGUAAAUGCCCAUAAUCCCAUGUACUAGAAGGCUGAGGUGGGAGGAUCACAAGUUCAGGGGGCUAGCUGGAGCAGCUUAUCAAGACCCCAUCUCGAAAAUGGAAAAGGCUACAGUGUAGCUCAGUGAUGGAGCUCUUGCCUAGCCUGUUUGAGUCCCUGAGUUCAAUCCCCAGUA